AUGGGGACCACCAGGGGCUCUGCGAGCAUCCUGGAGGUCUGCAACACCAAACUGAUGGAGUUUAUGUGCAAUGUGGAGAACAAGGACAUGGUGUGGCUGCAGGAGAUUAAGGAGGAGGCCUUGAAGAUGUUCUCCAGUGACUUCAGUGUAGAGCCUGAGCUGAUGCCCAAAACGCCAUCUCAGAGGAACCGCCGGAAGAAAAAACGGUUUUCCUCCAUUCAGGAUGAAAACAGGCCCCCAACCAGGAAAAGGUUGUCCCGUCGUGCGAGCCGAAGGAGCAGCCAGCACAACCGCCAGCUACUUCGGAGCAAAGACAGGCUGGAUAAGCUGGUCCUGGUGGCGGCUGAGAACGGCUCCAUCCCUCGGACCCGAAGCCAAGCAGCAGCAGCCCCCUCACCCCCUGAGUCCCCCACAGUGCUCCCCAAAAAGUCUGGGAACCUGCUAUCGGCAGGUAAGCUCAUGCCCGUCGUGGAGAUCAGUGCUAGUGAGCAGCGGAGUGCUGAGAAGUGCCUGGUGGCAAGCAAGGCCGGGAUGGCUGACCAGAAACUCUCCUUUGUCCUCAAUUUGGGCUGCGAAGAUGAAUCGAUGCCAAAGAAGCAGGCGGAAAGUCUCCCCAAGCCUGUGUCUGGGACCUCCUCGGUGCUGCCCCCUGAGGUGCCCGAGAUGAAAGCAAGGAGGCCGGCUCAGUCCGUGGCCAAACUCCGGAUAGCCCAGCCAGCGUCUCCAGAAGAUGCAGCACCUGUGGUGACCGAGCCAGACAGGGUACCCUCUUCUGCAGGAACCCAGCCCCAGCCAGAGACUGAGCCCCUCUUGGACUUGCCGGAAAGCCCCCGGACCCCAACGGGCUCCCGCCGUGACCGGCGCUCAGUGCGUAGGAGCCUGGUGCGCAAAUCCUCACAGGCCCACAGGGUCUCCUUGAUCCAUAAGUACUCCAUGGUCCCAAAGAAGAUCAGCCCUGCUCGGCGGUCCUCCAGGAAGCUGGCCCGGGAACCUGCAGCCACCGGCCGCAUCAUCUGCCACAGCUACCUGGAGAGACUCCUGGACAUAGAAGUACCCAGGAACGCCAGCUCUGAAGAGGAGGCGGAGUGUGCCACAGAAACCGAGCAGGAGGCUCCCGAGGGUACCAGGAGGACGUUGCGCCCUCGCAAUGUCCACAAGAUUGCCAUCAGCACCCCAAAGCCCCAGCCAGAGUCUGGAAGCCAAGCAGAUGGCGACGGUGAGAGCAAGACUGACCAAGGUGAGGAGCCCAGGGAGCCGCCUCAGAGCGUAAGGCGGAAGAGGAGCUACAAGCAGGCUGUCAGUGAACCAGGUGACACUGGGGACCACAUGGACGACGAAGCUCUCACUCCUCCUAGAACCAAGACACCCUCCCCCGUCUGCCCUCCCAGCAAGGUGAGGCAGGUGGUGCGUCCCCUUCGGACCUUCCUACAUACUGUGCAGAAGAACCAGAUGCUCAUGACGCCGACCUCAGCAGGCCGCACCAGCGUCAUGAAGUCAUUCAUCAAACGCAACACUCCACACCAUAUGGAUGCCAAGGGCAGUUUUGUCGAGAAGGAGCGGCAGCGGCUGGAAAACCUGAAAAAGAAGGAAGAGGCUGAGCUGCUGAGAAAGCAGAAGGUGGAGGAGGACAAGCGCCGGCGCCUGGAGGAGGUGAAGAUGAAGCGGGAGGAGCGCCUUCGAAAGGUCCUGCAGGCCCGAGAGCGGGCGGAACAGCUGGAGGUGGAGAAGAAGAAGCGCAUUGAGCAGAAGCUGGCCCAGCUGGAGAGGAAUGAGAAGGCAAAGGAGGAGCGGCUGGCUGAGGAGAAGGCCAGGAAGAAAGCGGCCAAGAAGCUGGAGGAGGCCGAGAUGAAGCGGAAGCAGGAGGAGGAAGCCCGGAGGCAGAAGAAGCUCCAGCAGGAGGAGGAGGAGCGAAGGUAUCAGGAGAAGCUGCAGAAGAAGAAGGAGGAGGAGCAAGAGCGGCUGCGUAAGGUGGCCGAGGCUCGCAGGAUUGUGGAGCAGCAGAAGCAGCGCGAGCAGCAGCUGGCCCUCGAGAGGGAGAUGGAGAGGAAGAGGGAACAGGAGAGGCUGCAGGCCGAGCGGGAGCGAGCCCUUCGGCUACAGAAAGAGAAGGAGCUGGAAGAGAAGCGGAAGAGGGAGGAGUGUCAGCGCCAAGAGCAGGAGCGAAAGAAGCUGCAGGAAGAGCAGGAGAAGAAGGCCAAGGAGGCCGUAGCCACCGCUGGGGCCAAUAACAAAUUCCUGAAUGUAACAGUGGAUGUGCAGUCUCCAGUUUGCAACUCCUAUGAAAUGACCCCCCAGGGCCCCAAGGGGGGCCCCAAGAUCAACCCAGACAAUUAUGGGAUGGAUCUGAAUAGUGAUGACUCCACAGAUGAUGAGACUCAGCCCCGAAAGCCUAUCCCUGCUUGGGCCAACGGGUCCCGGCUCAGCCAGGCCGUCAUCCACCAGUACUACCAGCCUCCUGACAUCGACCAGCUCUUUGGGACCAUCCUCAGUCCGAAACUCGAGGACAUAUUCAACAAGAGCAAACCGCGUUACCAUAAGCGCACCAGCUCUGCCGUCUGGCAUUCUCCGCCACUACUGGGGGCCCGGUCCUUUGUGGGCCUGUCUUAUGGCCUGAAGAAGCCCUGAGGAGGGGCAGGGCAGGGAGACCCCCUUGGCCGUCCCAUGGGGUCAAAGAGACUGUAUAUGUGUUUUUUUAUAUGUGUUAUUGAGGUUUUUUAGGGUAGGCAAACAAAGAUGAGCUUGGCACCAAAGGCCUUUCUAGAGCUGGGGCUGCCUGGCUGCAGUGGGAGCUGGGCCUGGGGGCAGCAGAGACUGAGACCCCCAGAAGCUGUGGGCCAGCUUGAAGGAGAGCGGCGCUCACAGCCCCCACAUGGCCAAGCCGGCGGCCCCUCACCUGUACAUAAGUGCUAGGUAGCUAGUUCAAGGCCGAUGUCAGGCUCCAGCAUUUUAAGGUUAGGUUAAUAAAAUGUAUUUUCUGGGG